AUGAUGUCUCUAGAGACCUAUGAUAUUAUAAUUAUUGGCGGUGGGACUGCUGGCCUCGUACUAGCAAAUCGCCUUUCCGAGAACCCAGAUCUGCAGAUCAUGGUCCUCGAGAGUGGUCAGGAUCGCACCGCGGAUCCAAGUACGCUUACUCCUGGUGCGUGGCCGCUGCUGGCCAGCGCUUCCAACUCGUGGAUCUUUCAGACCACUCCACAGGAUGGUAUUGGGGGUAAGCUGCUCACAAUCCCCCAGGGGCGUGCCUUAGGAGGAUCGAGUGCAAUCAACAGCUUCGUCUUUGUCCCCACUUCGAUGAAAAACGUCGAUGCCUGGGAGAAACUUGGCAACAAGGGCUGGAGUUAUGAAGCUUUCGAUGAGGCUCUGAAGAAAGCGUUCACCCUUCACAAGACCUCUGGGGCUAAGGAGGGCAAUGGUCCUGUUCAGGUUACAGUUUCUGAGCCUACAACACUCUUGCAGAAAGCUUGGGUUGGCGGCCUGGAGUCAAUUGGCUUUCCAAGAUCUGACCCACUCUCCGGUCAUGUCUGUGGGGCUGUCAUCGCCCCAGAAAGCAUCGAUCCGGCGACAAAGCAGCGCAGCUAUGCUACCAAUGCAUACCUCGACCCAGUCCGAAGCCGCCCAAACCUGAUGAUUCUUACGGAGACAACUGUGACCAAAGUUCUGAUCGACAAACCUUCAGCAGGUAAGGGCGCUGUUGCCAAAGGCGUUCAGUAUACUUCGAAGGAUGGAACCUCCCAGACAGUCAACGCCCGUAGAGAGGUCAUCAUCUCUGCGGGUACCAUCAACUCGCCCCGCAUCCUCGAGCUCUCAGGAAUUGGUGGAGCCAAACUUCUCCAGAGCCUGGGAGUUGACGUUGUCGUCGACAAUCCACACGUCGGUGAGAACCUCCAAAACCACGUCUUCACAGGCGUGGCCUUCGAAGUGAACGAUGACGUGGAUACCAUCGACUCGUUUUUCCGCCAGGAACCCGAUGCCGUCGCCGCCGCCAUGCAAGACUAUGCCACCAAAGGCACCGGUCCGAUGAGCACCUGUAAUAUGAUCACUUCUGCACACCUUCCGCUGCCCGAGUUCCACACCGAUGAUGGACGGAAAGAGAUCCAACAACUCCUAUCGACUCUGAAUCCUGAGGAUGAUGCCCAACACUCUUCACCCACCACGCCAGCCUUUGCGGCUGCCCAUCAGGACUUUGUUCGCUCGAUCCUCACAGACCCUCAACAACCAUUGGGGUUUUAUGUGAUGGGUCCAGCCUUUGUGCCAUUCGAAGCCCCCAGUCCCGAUUAUCGCGCUCCUGGCAAGUGGAUCUCCAUUGCGGUGGAGGUUUCGCACCCGCUGUCGCGCGGCUCGGUACACAUUACCAGCGCUGCCUCUGAGCAUGCUGGGAGCAACACGGGUGUGCGCGUUGAUCCCCGCUACCUUUCCCACCCGCUGGACUUGGAGAUCAUGGCACGUCAGCUCCGCUUCACGGAGCAGGUGAUUGGCCACGCAGAGCCACUCGCGGGUCUUUUGAAGCCGCGCGCAGAUCGUUGGACGGAAAUGGUGGACGCUAAGGAGUACGUUAAACGUACAGUCGACGGUAGCCAUCACUACGUUGGCACAUGUUCCAUGAUGCCACGAGCAUUGGGUGGUGUGGUGGAUGAAAGACUGCGUGUCCAUGGUUGCCCCAACCUGCGUGUCUGCGAUGCAAGCAUCGUGCCUAUUCAACCAAUGGCAAACACGCAAUCGGUUGUUUAUGGAGUGGCUGAGCUUGGUGCCAGUCUCAUAAAGGAGGAUUUUCAGUGA